AUGCGAGUCGGCAGGUGGAAAAAAAUAUUGUAGUUGAGUUUGGGGUAAUGUCUGUAGGUGAGCGUGGCAUUGGUGCUUCUUUCCGCCCCAAUGUCUCGGGCCUGUGGUAACUAACUACUGCCGGGGAGCAUACGUCAGAAGGCGCGUCGCUUUACUCGCCCGCCUACUCCACCCCAGACGGUCAACCCAUCCCAACAACAUACGGGAUACUACAGUUUACCUUUCCCAGAUACCCUUUUAUCGAGCAGUCCAAAGAGGAGGAUGACAAGAGUGAGCUGCACGCCUACUGUCCUGCCCGGGAUUCGAACCCAGGCCCGCGGAUCCGUAGCUCGGCGUGCUAACCACUACACAACGGUGCAUAAAAGUUAUAUUUUAAUAAAUGAAUGGGUCUGGAAUAUCGUUAUGAGGUCAAUUGACAAGGCAGCAGAGCGUGCGGUCACCGCGGGGAGCCGAGCGAGUUGAGGCGGCGGCUGCGGCGCGGUGAGGAUGCGAUGCGGCAGUGAGCGCUGCGGCGUUGUUGUGUGAGGGUGGAGAAGCGUCGCUCGAGUCAUCGUCUCUUCCUCACUCCCCCUCCUCUCCCCCGUCCUCACUCCGCUGGAUCCUUCUCAGUGCUCAGUCAUCUCCGGCGAUCCAGACAACAAGAAACAGGAAGAUAGAAAAAGUCACCCCACGGAGACAGUUAAUUGGUGGCAGUCAUCACUGCCCCCCCCCCCCCCGUGACCAAUGUGAGGACCAAGGUGAGGACCAGCGCGUGCCAGGACGGGCGAGCGAGGCGGGACGGUCCAGAAGAGGCUCCAGGCGCUUCGGAGUCUCCUGCGGCACGAGGCAGCCACACGGGCCUGCCGCCGCCGCGUUCGUUUACUGCUGUGGCCCCUGAGCUGCCUUGACCGCCGACCGCGCCUUAGUUAGUGCCAUCCACCACCCCGCCGCCAGUACCUUAACCCUUAGGCGCCCCUCCCACCCCUUGCUGCCCUCCCCCUCACCCAGCAGGCGGGGCACCUACAGUGUGUGUGGCACCGCGGCCCCAUGACUCGUAGUGCCUUGUCCUGGAAGCCCCUUCCGUGAGUGCCGCGCCAGACAGUUCUCAAAAACCUCCGCGUCCGUUCUCUCGGCCUCAGGAACCUCCGCCUUCUGCAGGGUGUCCGCCAGGUGACAUCGAGGCUUCUACAUCACCGUCCCGACUGGCAGGUGUUGAAGGAGAUGUCAGGUGCGUGGGCGGCGGCGGCGGCGGCGGGGACGAGGAGGAUGCUGAGGCAGAUGGCGGUGACGGGUCUCCUCCUCUCCUUGACCUUCCACGCCCUUGCCGCGUCGCCCGAGGUUGAGGAACUGGCUGGAGAGGCCGACUUCCGCUCCGUUAGGCUUCAAUGGCGCUACCCCGGCGAGUCCUCCCAGCUGAGACUCUUCCGCAUCAACUACUGUGAGGACCAGCAGUGGGGAAAGUACCGCUGCAAAGACAUGGUCCUGGAGGAGCGCGAGGCCCGCCAGAUGAAGCGUCCAGGCGCCAAGCAGCAGCAGUUCCAGGUGGAGGUGAAGGGGCUGCGCAUGGCUACCAACUACACGAUGGAGGUGACGCCGGUGCUGCGCGGGGACGCCCUCGACCCACCGCUACUCCCCGGCAGCGAGGUGGUCGUCAGGACCAAGGGAUUCUCCGCGCGCGCCAUCCAGUGCCUCGCGAAUUCCAGCGUCGUCGAGGUGGAAACUGGACCCAACUUCGGAGGAAAGAUCUCCGUGGAGGGCAGCGAUGACCCAAGAUGCUGGACGCAGGGGCAGCGGGAGACGGGCCAGACGAAGUACCUGUUGACCAUCGACCACGAGGUGUGCGGCAGCGAGGUCCACAACACCUCCGUCACCACCUUCAUCAUCGUGCAAGAGAACCUGCCCAUCCUGACGCACUCCACCCGGCGCUUCCUAGUCAAGUGCAACUACAUCCCCGAGACCUUCACUGUGCGCGCCGGCGUGAGUCUUCCCAACGAGCAGGACGACGACGAGGACCUGUCCCCCGUGGACCAGGCCAUCUUCGAGCUCGACCCGUCUGAGCUCUUCGACUCCGCCAACAACAUCUUCGACUCGCGACUCUCAGAAGACAUCGGCCGAGCCCUCAAGAUGUCCGCCGAGGAGGUGAACAAAGAGCCUCAGAUGUGGGCCCACCUGGUGCUGAUGGUGAUCCUGGUGAUGGCGGCCGUGGUGGGGCUCUCCUGCGCGGCCUGGCACUUCGUCAGCCACUCCAGGGCACAGAGCCGCCAAGGGUUCAUGUCGCCGCAGGAGGAGCCGCGCGUGCUCCAGGAGAACGAUUCCCUGGAGGCUGUGGUGCGUGACUACGGGCGCAGCGACGCGGGCCAGGAGAGUGUGGGGCAGCCCGUGGCCCUGACGAGUUUCCUGGACGGACUCGAACUGCAGACUGACGAACUGGUCGACCUAAGCCACGACUCCCUCCCAGACGACCUCCUCCACCACUCUCUCGACCCCCCUGACGACCUGCUGGAGGAAGGUCUCGCGUGUGACCCCGACAAUAUCCUCGACGACCCCCUCCACGACUUGCACCUCAGCCUUACCGGCGACCCAGCACUCCAGGACGACCUAAACGACUUCGACGACACUUACCCCGACGACUCACAGGAUUUUGACCUCCACUGUAGUACUGACGACGACCCGAGUUUCCCUGUAGGUUUUGUCGUUCCCAUUGAGACUUUUAACCCAUUGACCCACCCUGAUAAUUGUGACGACGACCUGCUGGUGACCUAUGACCUCCCCUGCCGUAACGAGCCUGUGAUGGUGGUGAUUGAGCCCCAAGCCCUCCCUCACCUGCCCCCUCUCAUGCCACACCUGCCUCAUCCCUCCCUCCCUCACCUCCGUCACCUCUCACACCCUUCCCUCACUCACCACUCUCCCUCACUCUCCCUCCCCGACCUGCACCAUCUUCACCUGUCCAAUAACCUUCCUUUCCACCCACCGGAGUAUGCUGAGGAUGAGGUCUUCCUGAGUCAAGAGGAAGAGGAUGAGAUCGAGAGGCAGGAUAGAAAUGAGGAGGUUCAAUAUAUUAACUGUUUCCCCGUUGGUUCCUCUCCUCCUCCUGUUCCUCUAUCCCGCUCACGUCACCCUUCAUUAGAUACGAAUUGGCGCCUCAGUGAUGGAGAAGGACAGUUUUUCCCUUCGUUCUCGCAGUAAUAAGUUAACAACCCGCCAACUGCAUCCCAGUCGCACGCAACACCCCGGUAACACCCACAGUACUCCUUCGCAGCCCACAUCAACACCCCAGUAAGGCCCAUCCCAGUAAGGCCCCAGCUCACACCACAGUCCGGGCAUACCUCUCGUGCAUCCUGAAAUGUAGUCAGUGCAUAUUACGUCUCUGUCCAGCCAACACCCGAGGGAAGCCGCCGUCCCCGCAAUCACACCGUCUGUUCACAAUUUCCCUCCAGGUCUCAGAAACGCUUUGGUCAAUUUCACAUUCCCAGCAAUCCCAGAAACAUUAAUUUAGGGAAGUGACUUUAAUAAAACCUUAACGCGUCUCCAGCUUUUGUUCAGUUGAUGCAAUUUAAGAGGAACUUGUGAAAGCUGUUAUUCGACUAUUUAUAUUAAUCAUUUACAGUGAAUUUUAAUCAUAUACAGUUAUAUAUAUAUUUUUUGAACUGUCAGAGGAAGGACAAAGAGAGGUUUCAUAAAUAACACAGAACGAACUGACUUAUAAAUACUUUACAGGGAACUCGUUUGAUUUUCUCUCUUACGUUUCCUUUAUCCUAAUUUCCGUGUUGACGCUUAUUUAUACAUUUACCAUAACAAAAGGCUGACGUGAAAAUGUCCAGAGCAAUUCCGUUAAUUUGGGUUCUUCCAAGACCCUUCACACGUUCGACAACUCUUUCCGGGAAGGGAGGAGGAAGAGCGAAUAACAGUAAGCUAAUAACUGCUGGCGUCGCAAUUAGCUUGUAAAUGGUAGUCACAGUUCGCGUGAUUAUUCCGCGCACGAUGACAACAAGGUAUAUAUAGCAGUGUACUUGGGUAUUUUUUAGACAUUCAAAGGACAUGAGGAUAUUGGACGUCGAUUUUACCGUGAGGAUGUUUAAGCAAAAGAAGUUGAUCGCCAUUACUGAUCCGUGUACCAUAACCCCAACGGCGAGGGAAGGAUGGAAUCAAGGUUAAGCUGCGCACUAAAAUAUUUUUAAACGCUCAAAGGGCAUAUGCGUAUUGGAUAUCUGUUUAAGGUGAGAGCUUAUCUAGCGAGAGCAUCUUAUCACCAUUCUUAUAUUUUUCCUUGUACAAUACCCACACCGGCGAGGGAUGGAAAUAAGGGAUCGCUGCGUACCUUCACGUUCUCAGACCUUCAGCCGGGAUAAGAGUAUUUAGCAUAUUUUGAAUGUCUGUGCGUGCAUCAGUUUGUUUCGCGUGGGGCUUUAAACCUCUUCACAUUUACUGUUCCUCGUAAUGCAGACAGCGGCGAGUGAUAUCAGCUGAAUUUAUAGCUGCCCCUCGUAAGCAUAAGCGAGUGUGUGUGUGUGAAGUUCAUAUAAGAGCGUGAAUCACCGUUCGUUGUUAGAAUCACGUUGUUAUGCUGAAUCAAGAAACCUCUCCCCGUAACCCACAGGCAUUAGGGAGUCUCGCUGAAUGAGGCUCACCAACUUUAUCGUGUCUCUUUGCUGCAUUGGUCGAGGCUUAACGAGUGUGCUCUUCGGCGCCUCCUCCCCGCCAUUUGUCUUAAAAUAUACGAAUUUGCAUAUCAGGAAAGGCGCAGCUAAUUGGAGCACCUGGGCAUGUGUAUUUAUAGCCGUGUGUGUGUGUGUGUGUGUGUGUGUGUGUGUGUGUGUGUGUGUGUGUGUGUGUGUACUUCAUAUAUAUACACACGUUCACCAAACCCGUGACAGUGUGAUGUGUUGAAACAAAUAAAUAAAAAAAUUACAAGCUAAGUAAACGGUUACGUAGACUAAUUCCAUAUAUAGAGGAAAAUACUGUUCACUGCAUAUAUAGAAGAGUCAUUGUACACCAUAUUAAUACCUACACACGUUCGCCAAUCCAGGGACCGAGUGAAUAAAAAGGUUUGCAGGCUAAGAAAGGAGAGGUAAUGCACACUGUAUGUAUAAAUAUUGUUCACUUCAUACAGGGAACGAUUACUGUAUACCGUAUAUACUGAAUACUUGUACACUAUAUAAUUUUACACGUUCGCCAAACCCGAGACAGUGUAAUGAAUGCGUUAAUAUAUAAUAAAAACGUUUGCAAGCUAA